AUGUUACGCAGCGCGUCAUCAUAUUUCCGCUGGGAAAAAUUGGUCACCCGCUGCGCAUGGAAAGGCCCCUUUGCGAUCCCCUCAGCCUUAAAUUACGCUCCAUGCUUCACUACGGAAGCCAUCACAUCCCAAACGGUAUACCCGCCACUAAUCCAGACGGGCAAGAAGACAGAUGACUUCACUUCUCUGAAAGGCUUAGUGAGGAGCCUCGGCCAGCGGCCUGGUGUUCCUACUCAUAGAGUAGCGGCGCCGUGGGGUGGGGCUAAGCCAUGGAUCCACGGCUCAAUAUGGAUCUCAGGGCCUUCAACCACGUGUGGAAGUGCGCUGAGGUGCGGGAUAAGACCCUAUUCCUCCGCAUCGUUGGCAGCACGAAGUUCUUCAGAGACAGAUCCGCGGCCGUACAGCAGUGAUGAUAUGGUGCGCGAUUCGACUCAAGAAUCUAUAGAGACCCCUUCAACAUCUGCACUGGACCUGCAGCAGGAAACGGUAACUGUUCAGCUGUACAACUUGCCCAAGAACUGGCUCCAUGAAGAGAUCAUUGAGUUCAUUCAUCAGGUGGCUGAACACGCGGGCAUUGAAGUGCCUAAUCCAGGAGAAAAGGAAUCGGACGAGCUCGACAACCAGCAUCCGGCGCUCGAGGAUGCGUCCGUGGAAGUUGAAGGGGAAAAUCCUUGUGAUCUUGAGGAAAAUGAUGAGGACUCGGCCAUCCCGCAUAUCACCUCGCCCUUCAUUCGCCACCUUCGCAUUCCCUUUGGGCGGCGCACGGGCCUAGUGUAUGGCAAGCCAACCCUCGAGCUCACCUCUGCUGCACUCGCUCACUACCUUGUGGAGGACCUCCAUCUCGACCCUGACGAUUAUCGCAGCCAAAUUCACUUUGCGUUCGUCGAUUCAGACUUCACAAAAGGUAGGAGGGAUCGAGACAGCAGCACGUCGCGACGCCGCCCUACAACAUAUCACGAAAUUGAAGAAAGUGUUGAGCACGAGCAAACUGAGGCGCUUAGGACGCUGGAACUGGACCGCUACCUCAUGGCUCCCGAUAUUCUACUCGAUAUCACCAAGGCCCAUCAGCGGCGGCGGUUGACUAGGAAUGAAAAAGUUCUUUUGGAUUCCUUUCUAGACGACAACGACGACGAAAACAAUACCGAGGAAAUAAAUGAGGAUCGUGUGGGGCGCAGCGAUGGUGCUGAUGAAGUGAACGCAAUCGGACACAAGAAGCAGAAAGUGCAAAAUUCUCAUAAGGGCUCCAUAGCGCGCAAGAAAAGAACGGUGAGGGAGCUCACGCAGCCGGGUCGGGGAUCGAUGCAGAACAUGCCCAUCCCCAAACCUUACGUACAGGGACGCAACCUCUAA